AUGUCUGACUCACAUCGUCACCAUUUAUCAACACACCAUCAUCGAUCGUCAUCUCACCGUACAACAUCAUCAUCAUCUCAUCAUACAGCAUCAUCAUCGUCUCAUCACACAGCAUCAUCAUCAUCUCACCGUACAACAUCAUCAUCAUCUCAUCACACAGCAUCAUCAUCAUCUCAUCGAUCACCAUCACAUUCAUCACGACAAACAAAUGUUAAAUCGAAACACAAUCGUGAAGUGCAUGAUGAAUAUCCGCCAUUUCACAUUCCUUCGUCAACCUAUGAACUUCGAAUCGUAAACAGUGACACACCAAUGGACAUCAUUGACGAAAUGUUAAUCCACGUGAACCAAGUCAAACAAUAUUCAAUCGAUACGGAGUCGGAAAAGGAUAACAAUGAAUUAUGCUUAAUUCAGAUUAAUUCAAUGCCAGUGGAAUCAAAAUCGAUGGUGAUAUUAAUCGAACUGAAAAACUUACCAAGUCAACGCUCGAUAAGGUAUGAAAAAAUUGGUUCUUUAGUCCGAUUAGUUUUUAGGGUGAACAAUGAGAUUUACGGAUGGGGUAACAUACGUAAAGAACUCGAACCGGAGUCGGAGUUAAUUGGUCGAUCAAUUCAUGCGAAAUUAAUCGACAUACAACCACAUUUCUCAACAUGGUAUAAUGGGGCACGGGCCCAGUGCUGGGUCCAGAGCCCGUCGUAUCGAAUCAACAUUACCAAGGAAGGAAUUAGAAUCAUGCAACAGCUCAAUCAAGAUUCUUCCUGUCGUUGUCAUUCACCAUCACCAUACAAACCCAAUGAACUAUGGUCACUUCAGAACGCACUGAAGUAUGCAUGCAAAUUACAUCUCGAUAAAACUUAUCGAUUAAGUCAUUGGUCAGCAAGUUUAACGUCCAAUCGUUCGAGAUUAUCGUAUACGGAUCAAAGGAAAAUGGUCAAAUACGCGGUACACGAUGUUUUGGCCGUAACAUUUUUAUUACGACCAAUUAUGGAAAAUUGGACAUUCAAUAUGAUCGAGACCAGAAACAUGAAGGACGUGUUCGUGGCAUUUGAAUCAAUUGAACUUGCCCAAUUGCAAACGACAAUAAAAAAGAAGAAGAAGAAAAACAUCGAUGUACAGAAAUUAGCAAGGAUAUUCGCAGCCGGUGACUCUGAUAUCGAAUCAAUAUCGUCCGAUGAAGAGAUAUAUUUACAUCAAAUUACACAACAUGAUGCUGAACCAGUCGAUGAAAAUUAUCCACCUACUGCUGAUGGAAUUGCUCAAGCCGCCGCUGAUAAUGAAGAUGAUGAAAAAAUGGAAUUAGAAUUGGCAAUAACAACAGCUCAUGGGAUUGAUGAUGAAUUAGUCGGUAAUGGUCAUGCAGCAGCAAAUUAUGGUGAUGUAGAGGGAACGGUUGACAUAGUUCAGCUAGUUCCUGAUCCAACAGAUCAACAACCACCGCAACGAAAAAAGAAGAUUAGAUCAACUGAAGCACAGAAGAAACACAACAAGAAAAGAAACGAUCAUCUUCGGCUAUUCCGGUAUCGAUAUGUUUUGAAAAGAUCUUAUUAUUAUCGUUUCAGAUUGAAAUUGAUCCGGAAAAUACUUCGUCAUUAUGGUGUGCUGUUUCGUCAUGUCAAACUCCACGGUGAUCAAGUUAUUAUUGGUGUUAAAUGUGCUCAAGAUCGUGAACAAUAUGAAGAUGCUUUACCAUCGUACUGUUUCGACAGGAAGAAUUACUGGCGAUUCAAGAAGUGA